CACGUUUGAGCUUCUUUCGACAGCGACACCAGGGGAUGAUACAUCAGAUAGUUCUGCCUCUGGCGUGGUAUCGAUCUGGCUUCGCGUAGAUCUGUGUGCACCAUGCGCGCAGGAGACAAAUCUAGGUCCACCUCACAUCAAACCGACAACUUCAACUGUAUCCCAACCUGAAAAAGUCAAGCUUCUCGGGCCUAAGAUCUAUGCUUCCUCUGGAAAUCCUUUGUUGCAGUGCAGUUUGGAAGACUUAGC